AUGCUUCAACAGGUGGCCAAAUCAGCCACGGUUCACAAGAAUUUCCUUUAUAGGGUAAUGUGUUUAAGUCGGUUCGGGGCCGAUAUAGCCGAACUAUCCGUUAAGCCCCGGUUGCACCGGCCGUGGUCACAGGCUGACUCACUGGUCAACCUGGUCGAAACGUCAGGCAAACCAGAGCUGAACGACAUUACGUUGGAGGUCCAUUUAGGCGAUCAAUGUAAUGCAGGCAGCUGCUGUAGCCAACUAAUUGGAGCAAUAGCGUUCUGGACGGCGGGAUUCGGCAAACAAGGAUUCCAGUGUCAAGUAUGCAGUUUCGUGGUGCACAAGAGAUGCCACGAAUACGUGACGUUUACCUGUCCUGGUGCAGACAAGGGAGCGGAUUCCGACGAUACUCGCACGAGACACAACUUCCGCGUCGCGACUUACGCGUCCCCGACGUUCUGCGACCAUUGCGGCUCGCUGCUGUACGGCCUGUUACACCAAGGCCUCAAGUGUCAAGCAUGCGACAUGAACGUGCACAAGCGGUGCGAGGAGUCGGUACCGAACCUGUGCGGCUGCGACCACACCGAGCGGCGCGGACGCAUUCAGCUCGUCGUUUCUAAUAAGGGGAAUAAGCUCACUGUUGAAGUAAAGCAGGGUCGCAAUUUGAUACCGAUGGACCCCAACGGUCUGUCCGAUCCCUACGUGAAGAUGAAGCUGAUCCCGGACUCGGAUAACGUUAAGAAAAAAACCAAGACGAUCCGAAGCACGCUCAACCCCGUAUGGAACGAGACUUUGACCUUCGACCUGAAACCCGAGGAUAAAGACCGGAGACUCUUGAUCGAGAUAUGGGAUUGGGAUCGCACCUCUCGCAACGAUUUCAUGGGCUCUCUUUCUUUCGGCAUCUCCGAGCUCUUGAAAGCCCCCGCUGAAGGCUGGUUUAAACUCCUGACCCAAGAAGAAGGGGAGUUUUACAACGUGCCAGUGCCUGAGGAAGGCACAGAUCUUGCUCAGCUAAAGAACCAAAUGAGAGCCACUAGCGUUGCGGCUCGGCGUCCACCGCCUCCGCCUGAUAGAGAGGUGCCCCAUAACAUGGCCGCUGCUGACGUCAUUAGAGCGUCUGACUUCAACUUUGUGAUGGUCCUUGGCAAAGGUUCCUUUGGCAAGGUAAUGCUAGCGGAACGCCGCGGUACCGACGAGUUGUAUGCCAUCAAGAUCUUAAAGAAAGACAUCAUUAUUCAGGACGAUGACGUUGAAUGUACUAUGGUUGAAAAGCGCGUUCUCGCUCUUAGCAACAAACCACCGUUUUUGGUACAGCUGCACUCUUGCUUUCAGACUAUGGAUCGUCUGUACUUUGUAAUGGAGUACGUGAACGGCGGAGAUCUGAUGUUCCAGAUCCAACAGUGUGGUAAAUUCAAGGAACCUGUCGCAGUAUUCUACUCAGCAGAAAUAGCCAUUGGAUUAUUCUUUCUACAUGCUCGCGGCAUCGUAUACCGUGACUUGAAGUUGGACAACGUACUCCUGGACCAGGACGGUCAUAUCAAGAUAGCUGACUUCGGCAUGUGCAAAGAGGGUAUAACCGGUGACAAAACUACCAAGACCUUCUGCGGUACGCCAGAUUAUAUUGCUCCAGAGAUCAUCUUAUACCAGCCGUACGGAAAAUCUGUUGACUGGUGGGCGUAUGGAGUAUUGUUGUAUGAGAUGUUGGUAGGCCAACCGCCAUUUGAUGGGGAAGAUGAAGAAGAAUUGUUUGCUGCUAUCACUGAUAAUAGCGUGUCUUAUCCGAAGACAUUGAGUAAGGAGGCGAAGGACUCAUGCAAGUCGUUCUUGACUAAGAACCCGGCGAAGCGUCUUGGCUGUGGUCCACGAGGAGAAGAGGACGUGCGCACCCAUCCGUUCUUCCGGCGCAUCGACUGGGCCAGGAUUGAAGCUAGGGACGUGCAACCGCCAUUCAAGCCUAAAAUCAAACAUCGCAAGGACGUGUCGAACUUCGACAAGCAGUUCACGCAGGAGAAGACGGAGCUGACGCCUACCGACAAGCUGUUCAUGAUGAACCUUGACCAAACUGAGUUCAUGGGCUUCUCUUUCCUUAACCCUGAGUUCGUGCAGCACGUUUGA